AAACUGUGUUCACUUUCACUUUUUUUCUUUUUUGAAGCUUCAUAAGUUGUAACUCUACAUAUGUACCUUUCUAUGACUACUGGAAACUAGAAUUAGUCGCGUCCCGACUAUUAUUAUUACCUUAUCUCUUGCAUAACUCAUAACCAUACACAAGGGAAGGCCCGCUGAUUCAAUGCUGUUAUGGCAUUCAUGCGCCAAUUGACAGCAAGUCUGUCAAUACUGUCCACCUUUGUCUUCCCAUUCGCUACUUGCCAAGCUCAAGAUGAAGCUGUCCUCAACGCUGAAAUUGGCCGCUUAAACAACCAGAGCCUCUUAUGGGGUCCUUAUCGGCCAAACCUCUAUUUCGGUGUUCGGCCCAGGAUACCUCAGAGCUUGACCACCGGCCUCUUGUGGGCAAAGGUUGACAACUACGUCGAUGUCCAGAAUAGUUUCCGCUACACUUGUGAGCAAAAUGACGGAAUGGCCGGUUAUGGAUGGGAUGAGUAUGAUACUCGGACUGGUGGCAUUCAGCAUAUUCAUGAUGCUGGGAACAAGAUUGAUAUCACUGCCGAAUUCGUCAAAAUUCCUGGAGGUGGUCAUGGUGGCAGCUGGGCUGCCCGUAUCAAAGGCGAGCCUCGGCCUGAUGCACCUCCCGCUCUCAAGACAACCGUUCUGUUCUACGUCGCUUCUGAAGCCAUUGGUGAAGUAGUUGAUGUUGCCAGUACUGGUGAUUCGAAUGGAUUCGAUGGGGAUGUGGCCUUUGUCGGCAAAUCCAAAGCUCUUGGGGACUAUAAGCUAGUCGUGACUAAGGGCACCGGUGAACGCCCCAGCAGCGACCAUCCUAUCUCAUCACAAAGAGAUCUCGACAAAACGAUUGUGCAAUCAUUCAACAUGCCUACUGAACACUUGUGGCAGGCUAAGCAAUUACUAUUCCAGCAACUUAAACUCGGCGUUGACGAGAUCAUUAAGGAAUAUGGAGCUGAUAAUGCGCCACCUCCUUGGCAAGUUUACCAACUUACAAACAAGCCCGGCCAAGGAAACUUUCACUUUGUUCAAAAGGUUUUCGAGGGACCAUUUGAGCUUGACAUUCUCUUCUCAAGUGGUUCGGCUAGUGAUGAUACCACGAGCGAAGAUUUGACUCGGGAGAUCAAGGCCACUACCGAAUCCUUCAACGACCGGUUCACUGACGUCUUUGAACCUCAAGCUCCAUUUCACACCGAUAAAUAUCGCAAGUUCGGGCAAAGCAUGCUUUCUAACCUCGCCGGAGGUAUUGGCUACUUUUACGGACAACAUGUCGUGGAUCGAUCGUAUGCCCCUGAAUACGACGAGGAGAACGAAGGAUUCUGGGAGGAAACUGCCGAGGCCCGCGCCCGCAGACAAGAGAAGCUCGAGGGACCAUACGAGCUGUUCUCUAGUAUUCCGUCUAGGCCUUUCUUCCCACGUGGAUUCCUAUGGGAUGAGGGUUUCCACCUUCUUCCUAUCGCAGACUGGGACAUUGAUCUUACUCUUGAAAUUGUCAAGAGUUGGUACAAUCUUAUGGAUGAAGACGGUUGGAUUGCUCGUGAGCAGAUUCUUGGCGAAGAAGCCCGAAGCAAGGUGCCGCCGGAAUUUCAGGUUCAAUACCCACAUUACGCCAAUCCCCCGACGCUGUACUUGGUACUCGAGGCUUUCACGGAGAGGCUGCAAAAGACAAAUGGUAGUCAGCACGUUGGUAAAGAGCAGCUGUCUCAAGGCGUUGUUCUUGAAAGUGCCCACGUUGAUAAUCCAUCUUUGGGUAUCGAGUACCUCCGUACCUUGUAUCCUCUUCUACGACGACAGUUCUUAUGGUUCAAGAAGACGCAAUUCGGAGACAUCAAGUCGUAUGACCGGGAAGCAUAUUCGACAAAGGAGGCUUACCGCUGGCGCGGACGAUCUGUCCAACACAUCCUGACGAGCGGCCUGGAUGAUUACCCUCGUCCCCAGCCUCCUCAUCCUGGUGAGCUCCAUGUGGAUCUUAUGUCUUGGAUGGGUAUGUUGGCUAGGUCUUUGGCGAAGAUUGCGGACUUUGUCGGCCUGCCUGAGGACGUCCAAGAAUACAACAAAGUGCUUGACGGUAUCUCACAUAAUCUCGUGGAUCUUCACUGGUCUGAAUCUGAGGGCUGCUUCUGUGAUGCCACGAUCGAUGCCUUCGAGGAGCAUACUCUAGUCUGCCAUAAGGGCUAUGUAUCCAUAUUCCCGUUCUUAUUGGGCCUCCUACAGUCUGAUGAUCCCAAGCUCGAAAAACUCCUUGAUCUAUUAGGGGACGAAGAGGAGUUGUUCAGCCCCCAUGGUAUCCGAAGCCUGAGCAAGAAGUCCGAGUUCUACGGUACCGAUGAGAAUUACUGGAGGAGCCCCGUAUGGAUCAACAUGAACUACCUCGCUAUUGUGUCACUCCGAAACUAUGCCAUUCAGUCAGGCCCCUAUUCCCACAAGGCCAAGGAUCUAUACGUGAAGCUGCGCAAGAACAUAGUUGAAACCGUAUACCAGAGCUGGGAGGAGACAGGCUUCGCCUGGGAGCAGUACAACCCAGAAACCGGCAGCGGCCAGCGAACGCAGCACUUCACCGGCUGGACAAGUUUAGUCGUCAAGAUCAUGGCGUUGGAUGAUUUAAGCUGGUGGACUGGCCGCCAUGUGCGGGAUGAAUUGUGAUGAGGUAAUUUCUCUGGCUGGGUAUUUCUAAAUACUUAACUUAGGUAUCUGGGGCUUUUUUUUUGGGGGGGGGGGGGAGGGUCAGAAUAGGUCGGAUUGAAUGACUUUACGACGUGCUGAAAGAUUAAAGAAACAAUAUAGGCGCCUACUUGAUUAAUAGUAGGUAGAGGUAGAAUACCGAACCAAAACAAACCAAAAACAAUGAUGAAAAUCAUGGCUAGGUAGAUUUGGAAUUGAACCAAUAAAUGAUAAGAUGAAAGAAGAAACGGUUUCUGUUUUUUAUUUUUUAAUCCUUUUAAACUCUU